UCCCCAGCGCUGCAGGUUGAAUCUAUUGCCCCUAUUUCCUGUCACAUGGGUUGGAAAUAGGAUCCGUUUUUCUACUAUCUGUUCCCGUCUUUGUGGUGUCAACGUAGUAGAAGCUAUAGGACCUGCCUUGAAGUUCAGGGACUUUUAACGCCGGCCAAAGAGCGACUCCUGCACAGACCCAGAUAGUCUGCCAGCCAGCAAGUCAGUCAGUCCACCAGCCCGCUGGUCUGCGCAUCUGUCCGUCUGGCUGCACUUCACCUGAGAGCCAGUUCAGACUCUUUAAUCACACGAUGGAUUCCUGGACAGUCACCUCUGCUAUUCUUCUCGCUGGGGUUAUUUCUUCUGCGGCUUUUAGUGUUUUCGACACUGAGUGUUACACUGCCAACGGGGAAGACUACAGGGGUUUCCAGAACCAGACCAGCCUGCAUGGUGGUAAACCUUGCCUCUUCUGGAAUGAGACUUUCCAGCACCCUUACAACACCCUCAAAUACCCCAAUGGAGAGGGCGGUUUGGGCACCCACAACUACUGCAGGAAUCCUGAUGGGGACGUGCAGCCGUGGUGCUACAUUGCAGAUUAUGAAGACGGGAUCUACUGGAGAUACUGCGACAUCCCUACAUGCCAGAUGCCUGGGAACUUGGGCUGCUUCAAAGACAGCGGUGACCCUCCCACUCUAUCCGGCACCAGCGAGACCUCCAACAAACUCACCAUCCAGAACUGUAUUAGCUUCUGUAGGAAGCAGAGAUACAAGCUUGCUGGCAUGGAGUCAGGAUACGCCUGUUUCUGUGGCAACGAAGUGGACCAGCGCGACCACGGCGAGUCGCCUAGCAUGGAGUGUAACCAUGUUUGCUUUGGCGACCACACCCAGCCCUGCGGCGGAGAUGGCUGGGUCAUCAUCUUUGACACCCGAGUUGGGGCCUGCGGUGGAAACUACUCCUCUCCAUCAGGAGUGAUCUACUCCCCUGACUUCCCCGACAAGUACGGGGCUGGCCGUGUUUGCUACUGGACUAUCCAGGUCCCUGGAUCCUACGCCAUCAUCUUCAACUUCACCUUUUUUGAGAUCUCCGACCAGACAGACAUGGUGGAGCUACUGGAUGGCAACACCAACCAGGUGUUGGCACGCUUUGACUGGCGCAGCCCACCGAGGGAGCUAGUGAACGUCACUGGUGACUUUGUCAUACUGUACUUCUACUCAGACCGCACCAACCAGGCCCAGGGAUUUGCUCUGCUUUACCAAGCACUGAGAAGCCAGGACACCCGAACAAUGGAGGCUGAAGGAGAUGAGGAGGAUGAAGGAGAGGACGUCUCCAGCACAGCGGGGCCCCAGCUAUCUGGUGCCAUCACCGAGAGAUCCAACAGCACCUCAAACGGACGCUCCUCCCAGAUCCUCUACGUGAUCACGUCCAGCCCCGGUAAACCGGAGCACAACAUGCCAGGUCAGUGGGCUGGACGCGGCGAGACCACCAGCCACAGCGCUAUGUGGACCAUUUACGCCCUGGCUGCUCUCCUCAUUCUGACGGUCAUAGCCAUGGUGGCGAAGCUUCUGCUGCAUAUGACGGUCAAGUCUCCGAACAUCCCAACGGUCAGCAGUUCAGACAGCUGCAGUCAGAGCACAGCGUCUUCUGAGCCUUGGAUCAUCCUGUACCGGCCUUCCACCAUCUCCCUCUUCAAAAAGAAGCUAAAGAACCACCACGGCGACCUCAGCCCCCUGGUGGGAAACUAGCACCACUGCUGCGCUCUGCCGUUAACCAAACGCUACCGCCACCCAAAACUAGUCUCUACAAGGGCCAUCAGAUGCCAGGGCCUCAGACAAUGAAAUUAUAGGUGGCGCUACGCCAACAAGCCAACAGUGACUAAUGACAACUGACUGAGUUACUGCUACUAAAUGGCCUGUGGGUCGAAAGUGGCUGGGCCCUCCCAUCCUCCUCAGCAACAGAGAGGAAAGGGAUAGCAGGGCUGUCAGUGGCAUCCGUAUGAGAGAGGACCGCAAAGGAGUGAAUGGAGGACAACCCUGACAAAAGACAAGGACGCUUUUAACAUGCAGGAAGCUUCUCUCGUUCAGCGAGGCCCCAUUUCCAUCACCCACGGAUGUCCCUAACAAUCAACAUACCUCCAAAAACCAUUCCAGACUGCAGGCUCACCAGUGAAAACAUAACAGAGCUGGGUGCAGAUUACCGGCUAACUUCACUAUCUGUGUUCAGUUAAGGAAGCAGGGAGGUUUUCCUCUUCCUGGUGUUUCAGAGUCACAGGGGCAACCUAAUCUUCAUCAGCAUUAAGGAGGGGAUGAAGACAAGGAGUCUUUGAUACAUACACACACACACACACACACACACACACACACACACACACACACACAC